AUGCUAAUAGUUGUUAUCCCCCUUGCCACCCUCCUCCUCUCAGCCUGACUGGCCCCCGCAAAGCGGUUGUGAGAAAUUAUCACAACCCAGUCCUUAAUUAUUGCUGUUAUGUCAACAACCUGGUUAAUAACUCAAGAAACUAGCCCAUUUUUAAACAACUAUUUCACUAUUGACGAAAUUUCGUCACCACUUCUAGUCUUAACUUGCUGACUCACCGCUCCAACACUCCUGGCUAGCCAAAGUAAAUUGUCUAAAGAGCCAAUUUCACGACAACGAGCUUAUAUUUUUACCAUUAUUAUACUUCAAGUCACAACUCUCCUGGCAUUUUUAGCAGAUAAUAUAAUUUUAUUUUUUAUUAUGUUCGAAGCCACAAUAAUUCCAACCUUAAUUGUAAUUACUCGAUGAGGUGCCCAAAAAGAACGCAUGUUAGCCGGAACUUACCUAAUUUUUUACACCUUAUUCGGUUCCAUGGCCCUUCUCACUGCCCUUUUGUACUUUCACGAAACCUUUGGAACUAUAUCAAUCUCACUAGCAAAAUCUUUCUCCGCAAACUACACCCUGUCGACCUGCUCACUGACCUGAUGGCUUGCUUGUCUUAUUGCCUUCUUAGUCAAAAUACCCCUAUAUGGCGUCCACCUUUGGCUACCUAAGGCGCAUGUCGAAGCCCCUAUCGCCGGGUCUAUGAUCUUGGCAGGAACCCUCCUUAAACUAGGCGGGUAUGGAAUCCUGCGAAUAAACGCCUUCAUUACUGACUCCUUUACACCCCUGGCCCAACCACUUAUUGUCUUCUCCCUAUUUGGUGUGCUCCUUUCAGCAAUUCUAUGCUCCCGUCAAACGGACCUAAAAUCCCUAAUUGCAUUUUCAUCCGUAAGUCACAUGGGUCUAGUUAUUGCCGCAUCAAUAAUUAAGACAGAGUGAAGCAUCGCCGGAUCAAUAGUAUUAAUGAUUUCCCACGGCCUUGUCUCCUCAGCCCUUUUUUGCCUAGCUAACACCUCAUAUGAACGAACCAACUCCCGCACCUUAAUCCUGCUUCAAGGAACCCAAAUUAUUUUUCCACUAGCUGCAGCAUGGUGGCUCCUCGCUACUCUCAUAAACCUAGCCCUCCCACCCUCCCCAAACUUCAUUGGAGAAAUAUCAAUUUUAACAUCACUAUUCCAGUGAUCCAACAUAACACUUACCCUUACAGGGUUAGGCAUCAUCUUUACAACUGCCUAUUCCUUGUACAUAUUCUGGUCCUCACAACGAGAGCACCUUCCAUCCCACUUAAACUACCUACCUCCUACACACACCCGAGAACACAUCCUCCUUGCCCUUCACAUUCUCCCUGCCCUCCUUCUAAUGCUCAAACCUACCCUUAUAUUCUAA